UCUCUCCAUUUCACUAGCUGACAUCCACAGCUGUGCCCAGAGCAGCGUUUAUGCAGUGUGUGCGCUGGUGUGCCUGGAGUCUGUUUUGGGAUCCUGAGGGUCCCGGAGAAAACGUGUGCCUCAACCUGCAGGGCGACUCUUUCCCGAACCCUUGGGCUGUCAUGGUCUACACCACAAGCACACAGCAGACAAAUUCUGGGAAAUGUGUCAUCAAAUUGAAGUUUUCAUCUAGUGCAGAAGGAGUUUCUAGCAGCGCGGCAUUGAAAGUGAGCCACCAAGAAACAUCAGCACCUAAGAAGUUACUUUCAGCUUCCCAAGAUGAAAGGAUCUUUGAGUCGACAGCUUCAGUGUUGCAGUCUUCACGUGGCCCAGCGCUGUCUCUCUCUCAGCUGGUUGCGACUUCACGCUACCCGACCAUGAGCCACACGACGGGGUCUCCAUGGCAACAGCAGCUCCCCUCUCUGCUCUCUCCCUCCCCGAUGGCAUCGGCCCACCAGCUGUCACAUGUCGAGCGUCCAGUUGUUGGCAGUAUUGCUCAUCUGGAGCUGAGCGUGCAGGAGAGAGUGGGAGACAGAAGUGAGGAAGAGGAUGAGAUGCAGGAGUUGACCUUCACCCCGGUGCACGCGCCUGUCAUCACCCUCGGGACAAACGCUGCUGGCUCCUCCAGAUCGACCUCCCGGAGAUCUUUGGCGCAGCUCUUCUCUGCUGGUUUUCCUCAGAUCCUGGACCAUCAGAACCAGGUGGCCGAGGUUCUGGAUCCUUCUGAGCCUGUGAACUUCAACCCCCAGAGAGAAGAAGCAGAUUCUCUGCAGGCAAACACACUCGUCCUGCAGUUCCUGGCCUUUACCAGGGUCCCUCAAUCUGGUGUGAAUUCAGACUGGCCGAGCUCUGUCCAUUUCACCUUCCAGCUUUACCGCUUUCCUCCUGUCACCACCCAGCGGCUGAAGCUGCUUGACCAGGAGAAGACCAGCAAGUUCAAAGGCAGCUCUGAUUCCCCUUGUGUGCUUUCUCUGCUCAACAAAGACGGCACACUUAGCUCUGGUUUUCCUGGUCUGCAGCUGCAGUAUCGAGUUGACCCACAAUUCCUAAAGCCAGGUGAACGGGGAUGGUUUCUGCGAUACCUGGCACUCCACUCACUGCAGAUUGAUGUCUGGGACAGUGAUUCCUUAAUGCUGAUUGGCUCAGCUGCUGUGGAGCUGAAGCAUAUGCUACGUCAAGGCCGUCCGGCUGUCCAGGUGAGCCAUGAGCUAGAAGUGAUCACUACCGAGUACAUGCAGGAUGCCAGCUUUACUAGCAGACACGACAGCAAACACAGCGCCACUUCAGCCAUCAGUGUCUACACUACUGUGAAAGGGAUUUUGCAUCUACGGCUCGGCAACAUUGGUGGCAGUGUGUGGAAUACUCAGAGUUCUCCAGCUGUUCCUCCGUCGUUCUCUCAUGUUCUCCAGCCCAACGAUGGCCCUCAGGGUAUAGCAGGAGGAAGAGUGUCUGCUUUAACACUCCUCCAGCUUAACGCGAGCAAUGCCAGACGAGCCCGUCGGUUGCCAGAAAUCAACAGUGAACUGGCCAGACUCUUGCAAAGCAGCAUGAGGGAAGUGGGCGGAGCCGAAGAGAAGGAAGUGCGCCAGAGGAAGAUUGACAGAAUGGCAGCUGUCCGUCAACUCGAGGAGCAGAAAGACGAGCCCCCUUUUCAGGACUACACAAACGUCACGAGUCACCGGGCGGAUCGAGUGCAGCAUUUGCGAGACCUGCGUGUGAUUGAGGCCUAUCGUGAGCGCUGUAAAACACAGGAGAUCACCAACAUGCUCUCUCAGGCCAUCACCACCAAACACACACUCUACGCCACCCUUGGUACGGCAGAGUUCUUCGAAUUUGUGCUCAAGAACCCAUUCAAUGUUCCUCAGACAGUCACCAUUGAAUGUGAUGACCCAGAGCUCAGUGUACUGGUGAAGAGCGAAGAGUGGAGAUAUUUUAAGGAGUUGACGAAGACUCUGACUCCUCUAGAGGAGGAGAUGUUUCACCUGAAGGAGAAAACACUGACUCCUCAAGUUUACCUGCGGCCAAAAGAAAGCGUUCACGUUCCCUUCAAGUACCAGACCUUCGUUUGUGGUCACAGCUUUCCUCUUCAGGACUCAAAAAGCUUAAAGAUUUCAAGAAGUCCACAGAUGGCUCAGAAACAUCUGUCCAAUACAAUCCAAGCCAAAUCCAUCAAGGUGUUGUUUCGUGGUGAGGACAGAAAGCCUCUGGCGAUCUGCCAGGUGGAUGUUGAACCAACGCCACAUGUGGUGGACCAGACCUUCCGCUUCUACCAGCCUGAGCUCACCUUCUUAAAGAAGGCCAUUCGCCUGCCUGCAGCCUGGGACGACACAGCAGAUGGAUCUGCCAGCCUCCAUGUGCACUGCAGUGACCCCAAUGUCAUCUGCCACACCACCAGCCUGACUCCAGGAGAACCACAGGAUGUUUACCUGAAAGUACCUGGAAGCCCAAGUCCACAGAUUAGAAAGUUCUUCAUCACCAUUUUUACUGACCCCUGGCUGGCCUCCCCUGCGCAGAUCUGGCAGGUUUACGUGCAUUACUUGCAAAGGAUGGACCUGAGCUGUGUGUGUGGUGCUCUGAGCUGGCAUUCGCUGCUUCUGCGUGGCACACAAGCCAUUCGCAGGGUCAAGUGCUACACGUCGCAUCCCCUCGAGCUUCAGGUGGAUCCAGCUGAAGUUUUCGCUCUGCCGGCUCAGGGAGUUCAGGAUGUUCGUGUGGGCCUGAGGGCUCUGAGGGCUGGAAGUCGCUUCUUUUACCUCAAUGUUGUUGAUGUGGACACACGGCAGCUCGUGGACUCCUGGCUGCUGUGCAUCACAUGCCGACAGCCUGUAAUCUCCAAGGCGUUCGAAAUCAGCGUUCCUGUAGAAGGAGGGAAGGGCAGCAAUAAAAAAAUCAGUUUCACAAACCCCUACUCGUCCUCCAGAGUCUUCAAUCUGCGCACCGACCGCCCGGACCUGCUACACUUUAAAGAGGAGCAGUUUCAGAUUGGAGGAGGAGAGCUCUACACCAUUGGCCUGCGCUUUGCUCCAAGUCAGAACCCCGGCAUGGAAGAGAUUCUCAUCUUCAUAAAUGACAAACAGGACAAGAAUGAGGACACUUACUGUGUUCGAGUCCAGUACAGAUAACACAACACCAUCACACAACAAACUGAUAAAUAAACAUUCAUACACAUCAUGCACAUUUAUUUUUGCUAAUAUUAUAAAGUUGAUAUAAACAACACGCAUUAAAAAACAGAUCAGACAUAUAUUUAAUAUAUAAAUGCAGGUAAUGAGCGAGAUUCAAGAAAUGGUUCACCCAAAAAUUGUAAUUUCUUCAUUAUUAACUCACCCUCAAGUGUUUUUUUCUGUUGAACACAGAAGAAGAGCAUUUGAUGAAUGUUGAAAACCGACUUUGACAUCCUUAGUAAGAAUAUUAAAUGCUAGGGAGGUCAAUAACUACUGGUUUCAAGUAGAAAGUGAAUAAAUAAUGACAAGAGUUUUCAUUUUCGGGUGAACUGUCCCUUUAACUGCAUGCAGCUGAGUGAAACGUCUCUCACGUGUUUGGAGAAAACCACCCUGCGGUGCUGAAGCUGAAAGCGAGAAGGGAUUCUCUGUAGAGCUGAUGCUCAUAUCUGCGCUCUUGAUGUGUGUGUGUGUUUAUGGUUGUGCUGAAGCCCUGCUGUGAUGUGUCAUUAGCAGCGGAGAGCCGAUGGCCACUUGCCCAGGACUUCAGCUCUAGAUCUUCAGUAAGCAAGACGUGUGUGUAUGACCAAUCAUUUUAUUUGAUCAAGUGUUCAGAGUUUUACGGUUGCACUCAAUGAGGAAAGAGUGCUUACAUAUUGGGAAGAAAACACACUCAUCUUUUAUUGUGUUUUUUGUACUAGCAUCAAUAAAAUGCUUUUUUUGGGGAAUGA